GAUCCAUCUUCAUGAGGGGUUUCUUUGGGGUCUUCCUUGUUGUUCUGGACAGUAGUGUUUUACCUGAGGCAAUUUCUUCUGUGGAUUUGUGCGGAACGGUGAUGUUGCAGGGGGGAUGUGGGGUGGGGUGAAAUCUUGAGGCUCUCGAGUGGAGAAGAAGCAGACCGAGCUGCCUUUGUGACUGAAAGAGCUGAAAUAUACUAUGUUUUGUAAAGCAAAGUGGAGGCUUUGAUGUGAAGAAGAAGAGGGAGAUCGGAGGUAGGGAUGGCUCAGAUAAAUCCAGUGGAGGCAAGAUCGUUGGCGUUCACGCCAACGUGGUCAGUUGCGACCGUUCUGACAGUUUUCGUUGCCGGUUCUCUGCUCAUCGAGCGCUUGAUCCAUCGUCUGAGUGCUUGGUUGCGAAGAACCAAACGAAAUCCGUUAUUUGAAGCGUUGGAGAAAAUGAAAGAAGAACUCAUGCUCCUUGGCUUCAUAUCACUGCUUUUGGCGGCUACUUCAGGCUUGAUUGCUAGCAUCUGUAUAGAAUCAAAAUACUACACUAGUAAAUUCUCUCCGUGUACUAGAUCUGAGGCUGAAGAUCCUGCAGCACUUGCAACAGAAAAUGGCAGUCUGCAAGGACGGAACUUGAUCUCUUCUUUUAUCCGCCCAAAAUUGAGGAGGAAAUUAAGUGUUCUGCAUCACAACGCUUGCAAAGAGGGUCAUGAACCUUUUGUUUCAUUUGAAGGAUUGGAGCAGCUUCAUCGCUUCAUCUUUAUUAUGGCAGUAACUCAUGUCUUUUAUAGCUGCUUGACGAUGCUACUGGCAAUUGUGAAGAUUCACACCUGGAGAAAGUGGGAAGACGAGGCCCAUAUGGAUAAACAUGCCUCAUUGAGUGAGAUCACUAAGCAGAUGACCAUGCAAAGGCAAUCAACGUUUGUAAAAUUUCACACUUCAAAGUCAUGGAGCAGAAAUACGUUUUUUGUUUGGAUGGCACGUGCACACCGCGGGCGGCCUACAGCCGAGAGACAACCCCCGUGGUGGCCCAGAACAGUAUGGAUCCAUCCAUCCGCUUCAGCGACUUGUUUUUUUCGGCAGUUUGGUCAUUCGGUGGCACAUGCUGAUUAUUUGACACUCCGCAUGGGCUUUAUUACGAACCACAAUCUUAUGGCAAAAUAUGAUUUCCACAGCUACAUGAUCCGUUCAAUGGAGGAGGAGUUUCAAGUUAUAGUUGGAGUAAGCGCUCCACUUUGGGGAUUCAUUAUUGCAUUCAUGUUGUUUAAUAUAAAUGGAUCUAAUCUUUAUUUCUGGAUUGCCAUCAUCCCAAUUGUGCUUGUUCUACUGGUGGGGACGAAGCUGCAGCAUGUCAUUGCAACACUUGCUCUAGAAAAUGCUGGCAUCACAGGCUCCUUUAAAUCAUACAAAGUGAAGCCUCGUGAUGAUCUUUUUUGGUUCAGGAAACCAGAAAUGCUUCUGUCGUUGAUCCAUUUUGUGCUCUUUCAGAAUUCUUUUGAGCUGGCUUCCUUCUUUUGGUUCUGGAUGGGUACCAACUACAAAGCAGCUCUUAUACCGCAUAGAAUACGGGAGACAAUCCAUGGAUGGGGCAAAGCGGCAAGGAGAAAGCGAAGACAUGGAUUAGUUGCUGAUGAUUCAACUGUACGAACAGACACAAGUACACUACAUUCAAGUGAAGAUGAUGAGCAUCAGCCUUUGGAGCGUGAUAUGAUUGGUAAAAACCUGGAGAUUGAGCUGCAACCUAGCUCAACCGUGCAGAGUUCUACAGUUGAAAGCUCGCAGAAUGCCAAUGUAGCUCUCCUUCGGAGCCCAACUUCCAUGUCUUUUAGAAUUAUUUCACGUGAGUGUGCAAUGGAAAUAACUAGAUCAAUGUCUAUGCCAACAAGGAUAGAUUAAAAUAAGAAAAAACACAAAAAAGAAAAGAAACUACCCCAGCCAUGAUAUACCAAAGUGUGAAAAGCAUGUUCAUGAUAUACUAAAUGUAAUAUUUAGCUGUGUGGGUCUUCAGCACACUAGUGAGAUAUUUCUUUUCGUGUCAUGAAAUUAUACUUGCAUAUGUUUUCGAUUCA